AUGGCCGCUCUAUCCAUGUCUGUCCGUAUUCCCAUCUUCCUGUUAGUUAUACUCACGGCCGUAUCCGCUUCUUCUCCUAGUUCGACCAAUGGCAAUGGUAGUGACACCGAUCUCGCCGCGCUGCUCGCUUUCAAAGCCCAGCUCACUGACCCUCACAACAUCCUUGCCCGCAACUGGACCAUCAACACCUCUUUCUGCCACUGGAUUGGCGUCUCGUGUAGCCGGCGUAGACAACGUGUCACUGCUCUAGCAUUGGGGGAUACACCUCUCGUUGGAUCUGUGGCACCUCAAGUUGGUAACCUCUCUUUCCUCUCCAUCCUUAACCUCACCCGCACUAAUCUUACAGGCUCCAUUCCAGCCGAACUUGGUAGGCUACAUCGUCUUAAGUAUCUCGAUCUUAGAAGAAAUAGCCUAUCAGACGCCAUACCUGCUACCCUUGGAAACCUCACAAGGCUCGUGUCCCUUCGUCUAGGUUACAACCAACUCUCGGGCCAGAUCCCUCCCGAGAUGCUGCUUCACAUGCAAAGCCUUGGGGAAAUUCAUCUGUUCGGAAAUUACUUGAGUGGCGAAAUACCACCGUCUUUGUUCAACAACACGCCUUCCAUGACGUUCAUCAACUUUGGAAAUAACAACCUGUCAGGUCCUAUACCACAAACCAUUGCAUCUCUAUCCAUUCUUUGGGUCUUGAAUCUAGAGUUAAAUCAACUCUCAGGCCUAGUGCCGCAAGCCAUGUACAACAUGUCUAGGUUGCAAGCGUUUUCACUAUUGAGCAACAGUAAUCUAUAUGGAACUAUUCCCAGCAAUCAAAGUUUUAUUCUCCCAAAGUUGAAGUUUCUUAAUCUAUACAAUAACAAAUUUACUGGUCGGAUUCCAUCCGGGCUUGCAUCUUGCAAGCACCUACAAAUACUUACUUUGUCGAGAAAUUAUUUUGUGGAUGUUGUACCAACAUGGUUAGCCAGAUUGCCACACCUCAAAGAACUUUCCUUGGGUUUUAACAAUCUUACUGGCUCAAUCCCAACUGGUCUAAGCAAUCUUACUGGUCUUACUUCACUAGAGAUGUCCUACAGCAACCUCAAAGGGGAGAUUCCAUCGGAAUUAGGUCUACUGCAGGAACUCUCAUAUUUGUAUCUUGGACUCAAUCAGUUGACAGGUAAAAUCCCAACUUCCCUUGGUAAUUUAUCCAAAUUGUCAUUCCUAGCUUUGAAUUACAAUCAACUGUCCGGCCAAGUACCAACAACACUUGGAAAUGGUGCAGCUUUGAACUAUCUUGAUUUGUCGCAAAACAAUUUAGAGGGGAAUCUAGACUUCUUGUCAGCUCUUUCCAAGUGCCAACAACUCCAAAGUCUUGGUAUAAACGACAAUUAUUUCACGGGCGUCCUCUCUGGCCAUGUGGGAAACCUCAGCUCACAAUUACAAACUUUAGCUGCAGGUUACAACAAGUUAACAGGCGGCCUUCCCGUAGAAAUUUCAAACAUAAGCAGUCUCGAAUCAAUAGAUCUUUCUAGCAACCAAUUCACCGGGCCCAUCCCAGAAUCCAUCGCUAUGUUAGAAAAUCUUGUGUGGCUUAGUCUCCCCAACAAUGAAAUGUUAGGUCCUAUGCCAACACAAAUGGGUAUGCUUCAGAGUCUAGAACGGUUGUUUCUCCAAUCAAACAAAUUAUCAGGCUCUAUACCAAGCAGCUUUGGUAAUCUCAGUUCGUUAGAACGCAUCGACUUGUCUAGUAACCAGGUAACUUCAGAGAUACCAUCAAGCCUUUUCCAGCUAGAUAAGCUUAUCCAACUAGAUAUUUCUCGCAAUUCCUUUGCGGGUGCACUACCAGUCGAUGUUUCUGGUCUAAGUCAAACUUAUCAAUUAGACUUUUCUUCCAACUUAUUGAUAGGGAGCAUCCCAAAAUCAUUUGGAGAACUUAUUAUGCUGACAUACCUCAAUCUAUCACAUAACUCCUUUAGAGACUCAAUUCCUGACCAAUUGGAAAAUUUAACAAGCUUAGAUUCGCUAGACCUCUCAUCUAACAAUAUCUCAGGUACCAUUCCCAUGUUCUUUGUGUUGGGGCUGGACAGCAACAAUGUGCUGCACAAAUUCAUCGGCACGGCAAAUAUGCACACUACACAGCCCCCUCUACUUGUGAUGAACUUUGAGGACAGUUUCAACCAACAAGUAAGCAGCGAAUAA